AUGGGUUGUGGGAUUUCUGGCUUUUUCAAGGGAGGAAGCUUGGGUUUUAGCAUUGCUGGAAUAUCAAACAUUGGCAUAGCAGGAAGCUCUGGUUUUGGGACAGUUGGGAAAUCAAGCUUUGGUAAAGUUGGUAAUACAGGUUUGUAUGGUGGAGAAAGUGAAGGAAGAGUUGGUUUAGGUAGUUCUGGAAUUCAAGGCUUUGGCAUAGUUGGGACUUUUAGAUUUGGAAACUCGGGGACUCUUGGGUUUGGUAGUUCUGAGAUUUUAGACUUUGGCAUAGUUGGUAAUUCUGGCUUUGGUAGUUCUGGGAUUUUAGUCUUUGGCAUAGUUGGUACUUCUAGCUUUGGAUGUUCAGGGACUUUUGGCUUUGGUAGUUCUGGAAUUUCAGAUUUUGUCAUAGUUGGGACUUUUAUCUUUGGAAGCUCAGGGACUUUUGGCUUUGGUAGUUCUGGGAUUUCAAGCUUUGACAUAGUUAGUAAUUCUGGGACUUUUGGCUUUGGUGGUUCUGGGAUUUCAGGCUUUGGCGUAGUUGGGACUUUUAGCUUUGGAAGCUCUGGGGUUUUGGCUUUGGUAGUUCUUGGACUUCAGGCUUUGGCAUAUUCUGGGAUUUCAGGCUUUGGCAUAGUUGGUACUUCUGGCUUUUUCAAAGAAGGAAACUCGAGUUUUGGCAUUGUUGGAAUCUUAGGCUUUGGUAUAGCUGGAAGCAUGGGUUUUGGCACAACUGGAAUCUCAGGCUUUUGCAAAGUCGGUAAUUCAGGCUUUGGCAUAGCUGGCAGCUUAGGCUUUGGCAAAGUUGGUAACUCAGGCUUAGGGAAAGUUGGUAGCUUGGGCGUUGGAACAAUGGGGAUCUCAGGCUAUGGUUUGGUUGGAAGCCCAGGCUUCGGCAGAGUUGGGAUUUCAAGUUUUGGCAAGGCUGGAACCUUUGGUAGUUCUGGUUUAGGUAUCUCAGGGACGGGCGUCUCUAGGAGGUGGCGUGCAACCGCACCAGUUAUGUUGCCAUAA